AGUGCAUUUCUUGACAGUGACGGGGCCAGACCAGUCAGGACGAGCCUUUAAUUGGACUGUGAUGAAAUAAAAAAGGAAAAGAAAAAAAAAAUGCGUAACACUUUAAUUUGACAGCAGACAACACGUGCAUAUCCUACUAUAAAACCUCAACACCCUGGAUUUCCUCCUAAACUCUUGCGCGUCCCGGACCAGCUCAGAGGACGCUUCCAAGUUUCUGAUGCCAACAACUUUUCUCCUCCGAGCCUCCAUCCGCAGCCAGUCGUCAUGUUGGAUAAAUUCGGCCCCCAGAGCGCAGGGAUGCCCAUCUCCAGCGCCGAUCUGCAGCUCAAACUGACGGAUAACAGAGGGGGUGUGGGGAUGGAGAACAGCUCCGGGAAGAAGCUCCUAGAGACCACCGGACCUGCUUUAUCCAAAAGAAAACUCCUGGUGGGCUUGGACCUCCUGUGCCUCUUCCUUGCUUCCAUCCCUUUCUUUGCGUGUGAGCUGAAGGCAGUAAGUCCAUACAAAAGGGGCUUCAUGUGCGGGGACCCCAGCAUUACAUACCCCUACCUGCACAGAGAGGCCAUACCAGACGAACUACUCAUCGCUGGCGGCAUCAUCAUCACCGGCCUCACAAUCGCCCUUGGGGAGUGUUACCGUGUGCGUUUCCAAGGCGUCAGCUCCAAGGCCUUUGUGAGGAACCUGUAUGUGUCCUGUCUGUACAAGGAGCUGGGCUGUUUUCUGUUUGGCUGCUGCGUUGGUCAGUCACUCACCAACAUGGCCAAGCUGAGCGUGGGCCGGCUCCGACCCCACUUCCUGUCUGUGUGUGGCGUCACGUAUGCGUCACUCAACUGCACGCCUGGAACUUAUGUUGCGACAGUGAGCUGCCGCCAACCUGACCACCGUUUAGAAGAGGAAGCCAGGAAGUCCUUCUUCUCGGGCCACGCUUCUUUCGCGAUGUACACAAUGCUCUAUUUAGCGUUUUAUCUGCAGGCGCGGUUAACAUGGCGCGGUGCUCGGCUGCUGAGGCCUGCAUUACAGUUCUUCCUGGUCCUGCUGGCAGUCUACACAGGACUGACCCGCAUCUCAGACUACAGGCACCACCCAUCCGACGUUCUCACCGGCUACAUACAGGGAGGCCUCACUGCUUAUUGGGUGGCGUUCCACAUAUCGUCAAUGUUUAAAACCUCCAGUCCAGACCUCUCUCCCACUGAAACCCUGGAUAGCCCCUUGUCACCCCACCAUACUGUGUGCUAAACCUCACCUCCACCAACUCCUGCAUGUGCCAGCUGCCACCUGGCCUGAACAGAGACACGCAAUCUGAAGAAUGUGAGACUAUUUCCUGUGAAGUCAAACCACAUACCUCAAUAUUCAGACAAAGUACGAGAAACAGAAAAUGGGAGCAUAGAGCUCUUAUGAUACUGUAUGUGGCUCGAAAAAGAAAACCUAUGAACUAAAGAAUGAUGAAAGAUGAUAUGAAGGGUGCUGCUCAGCUUGAGGAUUGUGUAAGACAUGUAUUGUGCACUCGACCUGUUGUCCUUUUGACUGGCCUUUGCUUCACAUGCAUCACUUACCUGUGAGAUAGAGACUCCUCCUUACAUUCAACCACUACCACACUAUGUGCCACUUGCAAAUAUAUACAUAUUUUGUACAAAUCAAACAAUACUGUAAAAGCACUUUUUCCAUGUUAGUAUUAUUAAUCAUCACUACAUUAUUUGGUAGUAGAAUGUAAUAUAUUUUAUACAAACAUGUAUAUCUUGUAGUGUUUUUUUUGCAUAAACUCAGUGAAUGUAAUGGUGUUGAAGGAAAGCACAAUGUAACAAAACAGCUCAGUUAUUGUCAAUGAGUUGUAUCAGUAGAUGAGAUUGAAUGUGUGUCCCUCUGUACGCAGUGUUGUCUUAACUCAGAUAAACUAUGUAUAAACUUACACGUAGUUUAUUGAUGAAUGACUGACUAGAGCAUCUAUGCAGAAAAUUUAAUUCAUGUUUGAACACUAGACAUGUUAUAAUUCCAUGUAUGUUACUAAGCUACUUACUUGUCCAAGAGCACAUGUCAUUAAAUGAAAAGAUGUUGUUUUUUUUUUUUAAA